GAUCCAGAGAGGAGGCCGAGCAGCUGUCGUCUCUGCUGAAGCUCCUGGGGUUCACCCUGCUGCUGACAGGACAGUUAAGCAGGAAAACCUGCAGGUCUGCGGGGGCGGUUCUGAGACUUUGUGGCUCUGAUGUGGAUCUCACCCUGACACCCAGAAAGAUGUCUGUCCGAGAAGCCUCCCUCCUGUUUAGACGUACAACACAACUCCACAGUCUGAGGCUGUCCGCUGACAUGGCCUUGCUGCUGUUUCGAUGGGUAAGACGAGGGAGAGUGGCCUGUUCGUUAGCUAUUGAAGAGCUUUCUCUUGGCCCUCAGACAGUCCGAGCAUCAGAAAGAGGAUUGUCAAAGGUUGUCAGUAGUUUGGCAUCCCUGCUGAGGUGCUGGACUGUCAGACAGUUAGACCUGACUGAGUUCUGCGUCUCUGCUCAGAGUCUCAUUCCACUGCUGCUUCAUGACGGUCCUCUAACAAUCAAACUGAGUGAGAUCACCUUCCAGGAGCUACUCUCCCUCCUUUAUGAAAUCCAGGAUGAGGUCUUGACCCGGUCCUUCUUGAGUAAAGUUGGUGGAGAUCUGAGCUCCUGCUGUCUGAACUGGGAGCUUCUUCACUAUCUGCUGCAGCAGUCUCCAGCUCAGACCAUCGCUGUGAACCUGAGGAAGAACCGCUUCUUACAGGAGAACAUCACACGUCUGCGUCCCUUUCUGGACAGGAUUGUAUUUAAAAGACUCUGCCCCAGCUUUGUCUUGGCUGUCAUCAGAGAGAUCUAUAAAGCUCGUGACAGUCUCAUUAUACCCGGUUUACUGAGGUCACUGGAUCAUGUGAUCAGCCUGACCUGCAGAGAGAUGGACUCUGAGGACUGUGCUGCUCUGAUCUUCACUCUCAAACACAGUGACAGAGUCAGACUGAACCUCCUGUGGACCUCCAUACCAGCAGGGGAAACAGAGUCCAUCCUCUUCACACUGGACAAAGUUUCUCAGCUCAGGUCAGACAUUAGUGCUCGUCUCUCAGUGCUGUGCCUGUGUCAGUCCUCUCCAGCACACAGGAUGUGCAGCACCUCUCCAAUAAUAACUAACAGCUGAGAUCAGACAUGUUGGAAACAAACCGACUUUAUUUUGGCCUCAGAAAUGAUCCUGUAAACUGUACGUGCAUAACUCCAACAAGUCUGAAGCAGGAAGUGUGUUUACAAAAUGUCUUUGUUUGUUUCCAACCUCUCUGACCGUCGGACUGCU